AAAAAAUGAUGAGAUAAACAAAAACAAUGCUGAUGCUGAAGUUCCCUAUCUUCGUUUGAUAAAGGGGAUCUACAAAAAAUGACUCAAAGGAAAUCAACAUAUCCGUCUAGAUAUUAUAUAUAAACGUUAACAGAUAUUGAAGUUUUUCAAUGCUCGACAGUUGAAGAAAUAUCAACAAAUUAAUUCCUGAAGAAUCCUCAAAUGAUUGAAGACAAUGAAAAUGAUAGUGGGAAAAGUUGUUGUACUCGGAAACCAAGGAGUUGGCAAAACAAGUACUUGCAUGACAUAUGUAGAAAAACAUUUCAACCAUCAGACAUUACCGACCAUAGGAGCUGCAUUCUACAGUACCAAAAUCAACGUAGCAGAUAAAAUGGUAAACCUACAUAUAUGGGACACAGCAGGUCAAGAAAGAUUCAAAGCCAUGGCCCCCAUGUUCUACAGGAAUUCGCAGGCUGCAAUUGUGAUAUUCGAUAUAACAUCUGAAGAUUCCUUCGAAAGCAUGAAAGGCUGGGUGCUUGAACUGAAGAGGAACGUAGAAGAAUCCAUUAUACUUGUUGUUGUGGGCAACAAGAUUGAUCUUGCCGAACAAAGAGAAGUGUCAAGAGAUGAAGCUCUGGGAUACUCUAAAACCAUUGGUGCUCAUUAUUACGAGGUGUCUGCAAAAACAGAUCAGGGUAUAGAGUUAGUCUUCGAAUACGUAGCCAUGGAGUUGGUGAAAGCAAACUCGAAGAACACCCCAAAGGCCAACAGGUCCUACAACAGCGACGACAUCAACAACAUCAUGGCCUUUUCAAGCGAACUUGAACCUACUGAUACGGCCAAUGAGGAAUUGGUGAACAUUAGCAUUAACCAUAUAGCGCACGGUGACUCGGUUUCUCCGAUCUGUUGUUAGUGCCGUUCGUGCUGUUGAAGAGCUAGUUCGGACCGUUUCAACUCGAUUCCCACCUGUUUGGCCAGAUUUUACGAGAUAGGGGGUUGUUCGGAAGAGGGAACACUGUUUGAGGUGCAAUCGAUGCCGUUCUAUGCUUACAAAAGGAUAAUGUGACAGAUAACCUAUGAAAAUUGACCCAUCCUUAGGUCUACUGUCAGAUAUAAGGGGAUCAGGGUUGGCCAUGUUAGUGAUAAAUUCUAUGGUUCAUAGAAUUGUCUGGCUGUGUUCUUAUUUUACUUUGGAAGAACUCCACUUAAAUUUCGUUCUGGACAAUGAAAACUGCUAGAAAGGAAUUAAUUUUUAAUUAUGUUGGACGUAGUUAUUGCGAUAAGAGUAACCUUGGCUUCUUUGUCGAUUUUGUUUUUGUGUCGCAGCUUACCAAAGAAUUCGCACCAAGGACUAGCCAUUAGAUGCUGUGAGCCAAACAAACAUGUGCUUUCAGGCAUUUCAUUGCACUCAAUCGAAUUAGAAUACAUUGACUGAAUAUUGACAAUUCGUAAAAAACAUGUGAUAUUUGUUAUUUUUUCGUACCGUAAGGAUAAUAGUUCUUAACUUUUUUUGACAAUUUUUGUUCUUGCAUUUUUGUAUUGUGUAAAUUUAAUUGUGAAAUAUAGAGUUGUGAGUAUGAGAAAAAUGUAUGUUAGUGAUUUGUCGUCGAAUAUUUUGUUAAUUUUGUAAUAUAUGAUCAUCUCAAUA